AAAAAAAAACGCGUCGUUUUCUCCACAGCAAAAGUCCCUGAAGGAGAAGCAUAACACUCUUCUCUCUCCUCUCUCUCGGAGCUCUUCUUCUUCGUCUGUACUUUUAUUUUCUUCUUCAUUUUCCCAAGAAACAAACACACACACACACACACACGCGCACACACACACACACACACACAAUCACGUUCUCCGACGCAUACGCACGCACUGCACGCGUAUCACUCUCUUUUUUUUUACUCUGCAAUAGAAAAAAAGAGACUAUUUUGUCUCUUUCUCUCCCUACAAUGGCCGAAUCUCGCUGGAGACGAUCAUGAAGAUAUCGGAUAAGUCCCGCGGUGCGCCGACAUUUCCGGCGAACUUCUCGUCCAAGACCCUAAACCCAACACAGGACUCGGAUCUCCACCAUAGGCCCUCUACCUGGAAACCACCCGCUCGGAGAAAAGCCAGGACUCCUGGUUUCGCACGUGUGCGAGUGACGGGGCCUCAGAGUGGAAAGCGGAGCAGGCCGGAGACGCCUCUACUGAAGUGGAAGAUCGAGGAUGAGGGGAAGAGAGAGAAGGAUGAUGGUGAGGUUCUGGAGGAUGAGGAUAAGGAAGAGGGUGGUCGGAGCGUUGGCCGAAAGGAUCGGAAGUCCACGGUUUCUGCUAGGAAGCUCGCCGCUGGUUUAUGGCGGCUGCAGCUGCCGGAGGCGGUGGUCGCCUCCGCGGGAAAGAAUGGUCAGCUAGGGUUUCAGCCUGGUGUUGACCAUGGUGGGGAGCCAUUUCUUCGCCCUAGCAAUGGCAAGAUGUAUGUUUCUGAAGCAAAGGACUAUCUACAAAGCCCUAGUUCCACUUUAAGGAAUGGAUUCUUUUGCAAGCUUCAACCUCCAUUUCAAUUUUCUAACUCUGCCAUGGAGGGGGCAACGAAGUGGAACCCUGUCUGUCUGAAAACAUCGGAUGAAGUACGCCAGAUUUACAACCAAAUGAAAAGGCUCGACGAACAAGUAAGAGCUGUAUCUAUGGUCUCUGCACUUGAAGCUGAACUAGAGCAGGCUCGAAUUCGCAUUCAGGAGCUCGAGACUGAGCGGCGGUCCUCAAAAAAGAAACUUGAGCACUUCUUAAGGAAAGUUAAUGAGGAAAAGGCCUCGUGGCGAAGCAGAGAGCAUGAGAAAAUCCGUGUAUUUAUUGAUGAUAUGAAGGGUGACCUCAACCGGGAAAGGAAGAAUCGCCAAAGAAUUGAAAUAUUGAACUCCAAAUUAGUUAAUGAGCUUGCUGAUGCAAAGUUAUUAGCAAAGCGGUAUAUGCAGGACUUUGAAAAGGAAAGAAAGGCCAGAGAAUUAAUUGAGGAAGUAUGUGAUGAGCUUGCCAAGGAAAUUGGAGAAGACAAGGCCGAAGUUGAAGCACUGAAGAGGGAAUCCAUGAAACUUAGAGAGGAAGUUGAAGAAGACAGAAAGAUGUUGCAGACGGCUGAGGUCUGGCGUGAAGAACGUGUUCAAAUGAAACUGAUUGAUGCAAAGGUGGCACUUGAAGAUAAGUAUUCUCAGAUGAACAAGCUUGUGACAGAUUUAGAGAAGUUUCUAAGGUCAAGAAGUGUGGCCCCAGAUGAGGACAUAAAAGAGGCGGAAAUGCUUAGACAGGCUGCUGCUUCUAUAAAUGUGCAAGACAUCAAGGAAUUUUCCUACGAGCCCCCGAAUCCCGAUGACAUCUUUUCUGUUUUUGAGGAAGUUAAUUUUGGUGAAACAAAUGAGAGAGAGAUUGAACCAUGUGUUGCUUAUAGUCCUGCUAGUCAUGCGUCAAGAAUUCAUACGGUGAGUCCUGAAGUCAACGGGAUCAAUAAGAACGGCUUUCAGAGACAUGCAAUUACUUUGACUGAUGAAAACGGGGAUAUAGAAGAAGAUGAGAGCGGAUGGGAAACUGUAAGCCAUGUUGAGGAUCAGGGAUCUAGCUAUUCACCGGAAGGGAGUGCCCCAUCUGUCAACAAUAAUCACCGCGAGAGUAAUGCCUCAGCAAGUGGAACAGAAUGGGAAGAUAAUGCAGGUGAAGAAACACCAAUUACUGAGAUCAGUGAAGUAUGUUCAGUACCAACAAAGCAGUUGAAGAAGGUAUCAUCCAUAGCAAGGCUAUGGAGAUCUGGUUCGAAUAAUGGGGAAAACUACAAGAUAAUCUCGGUAGAGGGAAUUAAUGGCAGGCUUUCAAAUGGGAGGAUGUCUAAUGGUGGUAUCAUGUCCCCGGAUCGAGGUUCUGGUAAAGGUGGGUUUAGCCCAUCAGAUUUGGUGGGGCAAUGGAGUUCUCCCGACUCUGGGAAUGCUCGCAUUCUAGGGAUGAAAGGGUGCAUACCUCGUGGUGCACAAAAACAUAGUUUGAAAGCGAAGCUUCUAGAGGCAAGGAUGGAAAGUCAAAAGGUCCAAUUGCGUCAUGUGCUUAAACAGAAGAUCUAGAAGUGGUUGGUUCUUGCUUGCUCAUCAAAAUUACUAACAAACAGAGCUAGAUUGGAAUAAGUAGUUUCAAUUCUGCCUGCGGAAGGUACCUCUCUGCUACUUGAAACUGCUAAAGGUGGUUAUGAGGAGCCUGGAAAUAAGUAGACAUGGUUGGCCUCCAAUACUUGCUUAUUUUCUAGUUCACCAAUUUUCCUCCAAUUAAUAUAUGCUAUGCAGACAGUUCUAUAUCCUUAGCUUCUGCCGAGACCUUAGCAUCCGGGUAAUAAUGAUAUUGGGAAGCAGCCAGGUUAUCUUCUGUCAUAAAUCAUGUAUGUCUAGCUACAUUUUCCGUUUAUUUAUGGCAUUUAUUGAUCGAUCCGAAAAGCAAGCCGUUCAUUUGUACUGUCACUUAGAAGUCUUAAUGUCAUCAUUUUGAGGAAAAGCAAAUUCAUGGUAAAGACUGAAAAUCAUUAUGUUCUCUGUCUGUAAUAGAUGUAGUAUCAUUUUCAGAGAUGCUUCUUUGCAUUUAUUACAGAAAAAUGGAAGAUGAAGAGGAUAAUUUCAGGGCGGGUA